UCCCCAGCCUUUAAUUCUUAUUGUUGUAGAAACAAGGGAAAGUAAAAUAACAAGUGAGCAAGAGGGAAACGUAGAGGCUUUUAUUAAAGGAUCAGAGGUGGAAGGGAUGAGCUGAAGGCACAUUGGACAGAGGUGCAGGCAGCUGGGAGUCAGAGGGCCGAUGAAGGCUCCAUCUCAAGUUAGUGACCCUUCCUGGCUCAGAGUCUAGAAUUUCACAAGUGGACUUGGCUGUCUAGGGGAGUAAGGUCUCCACUCACCCUAUGAAAUAGGCAUAGUUAGGCCUAAAGUCAGAGAUUACUGGGAGAGAGAGAAAGCAUGAGAGAGUGAAAAAGAGGGAGCCUUAAUAACAGGAGCAGAGAAAGAUGCUUUAGGACAGACAGGACUCCGUCUGGGUGGGAUGGGUCACUGAGGGAGUGUGCAUGGCAGGGGCUCAGUGUGAAGACUGGGGGGCCCUGUGCUCAGGCUGCUCCAGUUUGCUCCCUGCAGGCACUGCACCCUUUGGCAACCACUCUACAGGAGAUUUCGAUGAUGGGUUUCUGCGGAGAAAACAGCGCCGGAACCGGACCACGUUCACUCUUCAGCAGCUGGAAGCUCUGGAGGCAGUUUUUGCCCAAACGCACUACCCUGAUGUCUUCACCAGAGAAGAGCUAGCCAUGAAAAUCAACCUCACAGAAGCCAGAGUGCAGGUUUGGUUCCAGAACCGAAGAGCCAAAUGGAGGAAAACGGAGAGAGGGGCCUCGGACCAGGAGCCAGGAGCCAAGGAGCCCAUGGCAGAGGUGACGCCACCGCCUGUGAGGAAUAUCAACUCCCCGCCCCCUGGGGACCAGGCCCGGAGCAAGAAGGAGGUCCUGGAGGCCCAGCAGAGCCUGGGGCGAACUGUCGGUCCCACAGGGCCUUUCUUCCCCUCUUGCUUGCCGGGGACCCUCCUGAAUACGGCCACGUACGCCCAGGCCCUGUCACACGUUGCUUCCCUGAAAGGGGGCCCGCUGUGCUCUUGCUGUGUCCCAGACCCCAUGGGGCUCUCCUUCCUCCCCCCCUAUGGCUGUCAGACUAACCGCACGGCCAGCGUGGCAGCCCUGCGCAUGAAAGCUCGUGAGCACUCGGAGGCCGUCCUGCAGUCGGCCAACCUCCUGCCGUCCAGCAGCAGCAGCCCCAGCCCUGCGGCCAAGCCGGCGCCCCCCGACGGCAGCCAGGACAAGACCCCUCCCAGCAAGGAACAGAGCGAGGGUGAGAAGAGUGUAUGAGGGUCCCGAGUGCCCAAGCCCGCCGUGCCCACCCCCCCCUUGCCUCUCCCAGCCUCAGCCCCCAUGGAAAACUCUCCAAAGAGUGAGGAAGAAGCCUGCUGCCCAGGGCCUCCUCUCGGACUCAGGAAAGGAAGCGAGACCCACAGCUCCCCGGUCUCUGGAGAGUGCCUCUGGAGUCCCGCCAGUGGAGCUGUUUUGUCCUGGCUUCUUUGGUGACAGGUCCCGAUGGUGCUCGUGGGUACCAGAGUCUGCUCCGUGGUGAGACCCCUGGGGUUUCCAUCUUGGCCCAGAAGUCUGGAGGGAAGGAGAGUUAUUCACCCCAUCACCUUCCUGUCCCUCUCCUGGGCCACCUUUGAAGGUCUCAUCAACCCAAAGAACCAUGGUAUGGGCCAUGUUUGAGAGACGCCCAGAGCUAAGUCUCAUGCUAUGAGAUGGGACUGUCCGCCCUUACAUUAAGAACCAGGGAACUGGUGUGAUCCCAACCAACUCUCUUCCCUCCGCCAAGACUAGCAGCAACGCCAUCCUUUCUCAUGCUGGAGGAUGCUGGCUGUGGGCUUGGUUAGGUUAGAAGGUGAGAAGACGUGGAGUAGGGAGGGGAUGGCAGGACACAGCCUGCCCCGGGGGUACAUGGUAGCUCUGCCAUUGGGCACCUCUGGCCAGGGAGGCCUGGCCGGUCAGACAGGCCAUCAGCUCCAAGACCUGGGGCCACCAUCUUGACACUGCAGGUCCGGAGCGAGUGUGGUCCCCACAGCGGCAGCACCCACCUGCAGCCCUUGCCUCUCUGGACUAGAUCUCUAGGUGGGUGAGAGUGGACCAACUGGAAAGCAGCGCUUUGCUCCAGGGGAUGCUGAGAGCCCUCAGAGGAGGAAGAAACCCCCCAGGAACGCCUCUGAAAUAAGCACGUGUCUGGAUGAACUACCUGUCCACAGGUCCCUGGCCCAUGGAGGGGGCUCUCUAGUUGUGUUUUUUUGUUUGUUUGUUUUUAUUUUUUUUUAAGUGAAGGAAAAAAAAAGGCAAUGAGACAAGAAUGGCGUACAUGCAGAAAUGGAGCAUGGGGAAGAGGGCUUCCUCGUGGUGUGAAGAGAAUUAAUUCUAAAGGGCCAAAUUUCAUAAGAGGUUUCAGUUUCAGUCAAAUGUGUCUGUCCUCUCUCGUGUGGAUAGUGAACAUGAAGCGAUCAAAGGGGAAAUGUGCAAUAGUGUGAUAGUUUGCGGUCUCUGAUGGCUUGCUGAUGGUGUUUCCAUGCAAACUGUUAUUGCUUUUAUCAUUAUUUUCCUUUCAGUUAUUAUAAUCAAAGGUUCUGCCUUCAGGUCACCCUGCCCCCUUUUUUUACCCUCCCCCCAGAACCCCCUCAAAUAAUACUCUUAAGCGUAUUGUGCCUCGUCUCUGAUUACCGCAAAGCACUUGAUAAAAUACACCGUCUCCAAAAAAAAAAAAAAAAAUCAAGUCCUUCUUCCUGCUGUAUUUUGCUUGUUGAGUACAGAGAUGAAAUGAUUUGCCAAAAAGUGGCAAAGUUGCUUCCGUUUCCCUGUAAUUAUGAAUGUUCUGUUGAACGAUGUAAGCUCGAGCCCUUAUGUACACUAACUCUUCAAUCUAAUUGUUUGAUUAAACUCGUAUUUCCUCCAGAAAGGUACAUAAAUAAGUGAACUGUUGAGCAAAUUAAGAAUACUUAACAGCAUUGCAUCUGAAAAGUAGUUACGCUGAUUAAAUUUUGUGUCCUUGAGGACUUUCAGGAAAUUACUUUUGAUCGUCAAUAACACAAUUAAGUAAACUACACACACAUUAGCAUGAAUAAUUGAUAAGAAAUUAUGUAUUACCACGAAGCACUGAUUUAAUAAUUCAUGAUGCGACACUCUAGUGACUGUGCAAAACUGGAUAACAUCGAAAAGUCUGCCUGAUGUUGCUGAAAGAAAGGAAAAAAAAAAGCACCAAGCCUCUUCAGAGAUAUGGAGGACUUAGUUUUGUUGUACAAAGGCGAAAAGUCACUGUGCAUGAUGUAGUUUCUGUUUGUUUAAAUACCCGAAUAAAUUUAGAAGAGUUAA